AUGAAUUAUAAGAUUGGAAUCAUGAGCUUGCUCGUGAUUACUUCAAUAAUCUUCCUCUUUCUGGUUCCAGAUAAAGUAGAAGCGCAAAAAGAAUGCAUUGGACCAUGUGAUAUGUUUACGGACUGUCAAGCCGCUUGCGUCGGGAUUAGGAAAGGAUACAAUUAUGGUCAAUGUGUUGCCUGGAAGCCCAAGGAUGACGAUCCCUUUACAUGUUGUUGCUACAAAUUAACUCCAUAACUAAAACAACAUAUAUGUUUUGAAAUCAUCAAUACCAAUUUUGAUUAGUUCAAAUCGGGUUGUAAUGGAAGAGAAGCAUUGACAUGAUCGUUGGCCAAACAUCACAUGACUAAAAAGGAGACCUUUCUUCUGUAAAGCACACUUCCUCCAUCUUUGCAAUCUCAUGUGCUUCUUGUCUCUCCUCUGUUUCCUUUUUAAGUUCCACACGUCCCCACCACAUUCACUUCUUUUCUCAAUCUAUUCACUAUUGAUUGAUUCCUUUUGAAGCAGCCCACCAAAGUACAUUUAGUGCUUUAAGGCCAGUAAAGCGAGAUAACGACUAAUGAAAC